UUAAGACAUAUUUGGUUUGAAGCUGAAGGAAGACGACAACAAUGGCUUUCUGCGUUGACUUUUUUCUGUAACUAUACGGGAUGACCGGCAUUCACAUGCUGAAACAUCAUAACAUACUAUUGCAUCUCUGAUUGGCUUUAGAUGGAUUGUUCUGAAGCACGUACAGAUAAAAUUGAGGCACAGCGGUUAACGGGUGUGUCUCAUGACAUUGAAUCUGUCCCAGAUUUUCUUACCAAUCUCAGGUUGUCAGAUCUUUACAAUCUCCCGGGUGAAUAUGUGGAGAUGCAUCCGGAAAUCUUUAGUGCAAUGAGAGCUGGGAACAUAGAAUAUUUGGAGAGGAUGAAAAGCUACGGAACACCAAUGGCAUGUCUCAAGAGUGAUUUAGGAGACUCAGUUCUUCACCUUGCUGCGGCUUGGGGUCAUCUUGAGCUAGUUAAGAGCUUAGUCUCUGAAUGCCCAUCUCUUCUGUUGGAGUCAAAUGGCAAGGGACAGCUUCCUCUUCAUGUGGCGGCUCGUGCUGGCCAUUCAGCAGUUGUUGAGGCUCUUAUUUUGUCCAUAACAUUUUUUGCUGAUAGAUUCUCUGAAGAAGGUAGAGAAAAAUUGAAUCUAUUUGUUCUGAAGGACGAAUAUGGAGAUACUCCUCUGCAUUUAGCCUUCAAAGACCUUUAUGAAAAAACAGAGCAACGCUCCACAAAAUCAUCCUUGUCUCAUCUUAUUAUGCAUUGCUUCAGAUCCAUUUCAAUUUCUGAUCCAUCAACACACCUGAUGGAAACAGCUGCCUGUCUGGUGAGUGCUGACCAGCGAGCUUCGUUCCUUGCGAAUAAAAAUGGAAUAUCUCCUUUGUAUUUGGCAAUUGAAGCUGGUAAUGUAUCCCUUGUGAAUGCAAUGUUAAACCGUUCUGGUAAUAACGUCCAAAGCAAGAACUUGACCUCAGAAUUAGAAGGGAGAAAAUCGCUUGUGCAUGCCGCCCUAAUGGCCAAGAGUACAGAUGUUCUUGACGUUAUUCUCAGUGAAGACACGGAUCUUCUAAACGAGCGAGACGAAGAAGGAAGAACUUGCCUUUCUGUUGGAGCAUCCAUGGGGUAUUACAAAGGAAUAUGUAAGGUAUUAGAUCGAUCAACAAAUAGUGUUUAUGAGCGCGACGAAGAUGGUUCCUUUCCUAUCCACAUGGCAGUAAAGAAAGGUCAUGAGAAAGUUGUUAGGGAGAUUCUAAAACGUUGUCCAGAUUCUGUAGUGCUGAUUAACAAACAAGGUCAGAACAUUCUUCACAUUGCAGCAAAGAGUGGGAAAGCUGUAUCUUUUCUUUUGGGCUAUAUAAGGAGACUUUAUACAAAGUAUCAUCUAAUCAACGAGCAAGAUGUAGAUGGGAAUACACCUUUGCACCUGGCCACCAUAAAUUGGCGCCCUCGGACUGUUGAUAGUCUAACUAGCUUUGCUUCAACCACAACAAACAUUCUGAAUAUUCAGAACAAAGAUGGGUUGAGACCUCUUGAUCUCGCAGAGUUAAAUCUACAGUCUGAUUACUAUCUGCGGGAGAGAUUGACAUUAAUGGUAUUGCUGUGCGUUUGUGCGCCUAGAGGUGUUGCUUGGCUUCCGACAAGUGGGAUGACGCUAAGAAGUAGAUCAGAGCAUCAUCUAGAUGCAAACAAAUACAAAGACCAUAUCAACGCUCUUCUACUGGUGGCAGCUCUUGUAGCCACUGUUACAUUUGCUGCGGGAUUUACAAUACCAGGUGGCUUUAACAGUUCUGCUCCAGACAUGGGUAUGGCCGUUCUGGCCUAUGACUCCACCCUCUUCUUUUUCCUAGUAUUGGAUACAUUGGCGAUGCAGAGCUCAGUUGUAGCAAUAGUUGCUCUUAUCUGGGCGCUGUUGGGGGAUCCUGCAAUCGUUCACAGAGCAUUUCAUUUGGCUUUGCCAUCACUCUUCCUUGCUCUUCUCUCCAUGUCAUGGGCAUUUGUUGCUGCCUUGCAGGCUACAAUAAAGCAAAACAGCGUGCUUAUAAACGUCAUUUCAAUUACUUCUAUGGUCUUCUAUGGUUUGAUAAUAUUCCUCCUUGCCCCUUACGUUAUCCCUCAGGUUCCUGGCUUUCCUUUUCUUCAAAGAUUGACUCGUAUAUAUCUUAUCCUUCUUUUGAUCUUUGUUAAUGAAGACGAUUCUGGAAGACAUUACACCUCUGGCUCUGAUAAUAUGUGUGUGAAGAGUGUGGCAGAGUCUGUGGGAUCCUCAGGCGCGGACCAAGUGGGAAAGUCUGCUUGAAAACUGAUUGUAGUAAUAACUCCAUCUCCAUGCCUGAUCACUUAAAUAACUUGAGUUAUCGUGGUCCCACAUGCAGUGUUUUUCCUUGUUUCUUACGUUAUCCCACAUGUUCCUAUAAUUUUCCUCUUCUAAAAGGCUUCACUAGGACAUAUGUCUAUCUUUGUUUGUCGUUUUUAAUGAAUAUGUUGAUGAUGGGAAACAUUAGAGCUCAAAGGUGGGGUUUGUGGGAUCUUAAGGUGCAGGAUCAUGCUAGAAGCUUGAAAUCGUUUUUGAUAUGAUGUUUGGUUUCAAUUUUUGA